AUGGGUCCAAAAUGCCAAACUAUCACGCACAAGUGCAAUUGUUGCAGAAAAGCUGGAUUCUAUCGGCAUGUUAAAGUUUUACGUAUACUACCUUCAGAAUUAAACGAAAUGCUGCUUUCGGUUAAACGCAAAGAUCUUUGCUUAGUCACAAAAGAUGAUCGAAUAUUAAAAGAAUUCUUAUCUUUAUUAACAUUAUUUGCAGAAGCAACAACAAUAACACAAGCGGAACAUACAUCAUCGAUCUCGUUAUUUAGACCUACUGUGUUAGCUAUACGUUUUGAUUUAAUGAAUGAACAAUUGAAUGUUACAUAUACCUCUUCAUUAUGUAGCACAUUGUUAAAUUCAUUAAUCUCUCGCUUUGGUGGUCUGCUAGAAGCAUUAGGUGUGACAAUGGAUAAAUCAAUCCAACGGAAAAAAAGUCUUAUGAACUGUGUCGCAACCAAAUAUUUAUUUAUUCGCCACUUUUGGAUAGCAAGUUCAAACUACUUUGGGUUACUGAGUUAUAUUCACCCUCAAAGACCAAAUCAGCAGUAUGUAGAAAAUUAA